UUGAUUGACGUUAUUUCAGUGAAAUUAACCUUACAAUUCGUGACAGGCAAUUUUCACUGUGUUGUAUAUUAGUGUGAUAGUUUCAGCUAAAAUAUUAAGGGAAAACUUUUACCAAAAUGGAAUGUUUAAUCGGAAUACAAUUUAAAGAUUUUGUAUUAAUCGCAGCUGAUAUGACCGCAGCUCGUUCAAUAGUGGUUAUGAAAAACGAUGAAGAAAAAAUUCACAAAAUCUCUGAUAAACUUGUGAUGGCUGUGUCUGGAGAAUCUGGCGACACGACACAAUUCUCAGAAUACAUAGGAAAAAAUAUACAACUUUAUAAAAUUUGGAAUGGUUAUGAAUUGUCGCCAAAAGCUGCCGCUUGUUUUACCAGAAGAAAACUGGCAGACUACCUUAGAAGCAGAACACCAUACAAUGUUAAUCUAUUAAUGGCAGGUUAUGACAAUGACGCGGGUCCAGAAUUAUAUUUCAUUGAUUAUUUAGCAUCCUGUGUUAAAGUACCCUAUGCAGCUCAUGGUUACGGAGGAAUCUUUACUAUUUCUAUUUUGGAUAGAUAUCACAAAUACGAUUCAACAGAGGAAGAAGCAUAUUUACUAAUGAAAAUGUGCAUCCGAGAAAUUCAUAAACGAUUGAUUAUCAAUCUUCCAAACUUUAAGGUGCAAAAGGUAUCCAAGGAUGGCAUAAAAGAACUGGAACGUAUUACAGUAAAGAACUUGUCUUUAGAAGAAACUACUGCAUGAAACAUUUGCUUUUAUUAAUGUUAUUUAUAAUAAUACUGUCUCCUUUUUAAAGAAUAAAAAUGGUCAAAAUAACAAGUA